AGGCCUAGUGUGUAAAUAGCUUCUUCCGCUAAAAUUAGGAACAGGCGCCGAUAACUUGCGCAGUUCACUUCCCAUGUGCAUUGGACAAAGAUAAAGAUGGCUGACCAAAUGGAGUCUGUACCUACUAGCAGUAGUGGUGAUAUCAACACAAAUGCUCAGGCAGAAUCAAAUUCAACUGCUGAGCCAAACAGCAAUGGACACCUAGCUCCUGAUGAGAUGACAUCAAAGGACUACUACUUUGAUUCUUAUGCACACUUUGGUAUUCAUGAGGAAAUGUUGAAGGAUGAAGUUCGAACCCUGACGUACAGGAAUUCCAUGUAUUACAACAAACAUUUGUUUAAAGACAAGGUUGUUUUGGAUGUUGGUUGUGGAACUGGUAUUUUGUGCAUGUUUGCUGCCAAAGCAGGAGCACGUCGAGUUGUUGGGAUUGAGUGUUCCAGCAUUAUUGAUUAUGCUGAAAAGAUUGUGGCUGCUAACAGAUUGGACAAAGUUAUUUCCCUUGUGCGCGGCAAGGUUGAGGAAGUUUGUUUGCCACCAGACAUUGAUAAGGUUGACAUUAUUAUAUCUGAGUGGAUGGGCUACUGUCUUUUUUAUGAAUCAAUGUUAAACACAGUUAUCUUUGCCAGAGAUAAAUGGCUGAAACCAGAUGGUCUCAUUUUCCCUGACAGAGCCACUUUAUAUGUGACUGCCAUUGAAGACAGACAGUACAAGGAUGAGAAAAUUAACUGGUGGGAUAGUGUUUAUGGCUUUGAUAUGAGCUGUAUACGUGAUGUUGCCAUAAGGGAACCACUUGUUGAUGUUGUUGACCCGAAACAAGUUGUCACUAAUUCCUUUUUGGUCAAGGAAGUUGAUAUUUACACAGUAAAGGAAGGUGAUAUUGCAUUUACUGCCCCUUUCCGUUUGACCUGUAGACGUAAUGACUAUCUCCAUGCAUUGGUUACAUUCUUCAAUAUUGAGUUCACAAAAUGUCACAAGCGCACUGGAUUUUCCACAUCUCCUGAUGCACCUUACACACACUGGAAACAGACAGUCUUCUAUCUGGGUGAUAAUGACCUGACAAUCAAGAAAGGAGAGGAAGUGGAUGGAGUCCUUACCAUGACACCAAAUAAACAGAACAAUAGAGAUCUGGAUUUCACAGUGAGCAUUGACUUCCAUGGAGAGCUGUCAGAAGCAUCUUGUUCACUCAAUUAUAAGAUGAGAUAAAGAUUGUCUUACCCUACCAUUGUCCAGGAGAAUGGUCUCUUUUUUUCUCUAAAUAUAAUGCUUGCUGAGUGUAUUAGGUUUACUAUUACUACCAGUAGUUAACUUUCUGAGUUAUGUUAUUUUUUAAUGUAGUAGUAACUAAUAUGUGGUCAUUUCAGUUUAUUAGUGUACUACAUUAGAAUUGAGUUCAAAAAGCUUAGUAACUAAUAAUGUUGUAGGUUAAUCUCCAUGAAAAUGCUUAACCUCUGAAUGGUGUUUCAUCUAAGUUAAGGCAGCUUUUUAUUUUCUUUUAUAUUCUUGUGAACUGUUGUGUAACCUAUCUUCUGGACAUGGUCUUUUUAAACUGAGUUGUAAAUUGUUGCCAGUUUUAUAAACCUACAAAUGGGUAAUCAAUAUUGAGUUUCUUGCAAGAUCAAUUACAUUUCUGCAAUACCUUAAAAGGAAGAGACUACAGACUGUGAAUGUAUUAAUGGAGCUAAACAAGAUUUGGUGGGGUUGGUCCCUAGUUGGAUAUCUCUAGCUUGUUAAUUGUUAGGACUCUUUAAGAUUGUAUAGUAUAAUUUUUAACUUGUUACGUCUCAUGGCUGCACAUCUAUAUUUUUUCUUGCUGGGUUUUUACAGUGAAUGCAAGCUUUGGUCUUUGUUUCUGCCAUUAUGAUCAAGGUGUCAGUUCCACAUUUAGCCUAAGACAGUAAUUGCAUUGUCUACAUUUUUUAUUUAUGAGAUUAAACAGCCAGCUUAUUUAGAUAGUUGGAGAACUGUGUAUGCUGGAAUAAUUUACUUACAAGCAUAAGCUUGGACUAGUCAAUAUUUUCUAGCACCGCACUAUCAAAAAAUAUUUUAGAUCUGACAAUUUUAUCUCUAGGUGUUGCAACCCAAAUUUACAUAACUUAAAAGCUGACUGACUGUUCUAUUUUAUAAUGUGCUCCAUGCUAAUGGUUUCAUGUUGAUUUUUAUUGAGCUUAAUUUGAUGCUGUUGUUUAUGCAUCCUUACAUGUCUUGUAAAGAGAAAAAAAAAGUUCAUUAUCAUGUUUUGUUGCAUACGCAUCAUCAUUAAACAUUUGUAUUCAUUUGUAA